UACGUCGUCAUCUUCAGGGACAGUGUUGCAGUCAGAAUCGAUGUCGAAAGGUUCAACUCCACAGAGACCCACACCAACGAAGCGACAUCGUCGGACCGACCUUUACCAUGACGCUCCUCCUCCCACUGGCAUGACGUUGGCCUCACCGAAGCCAUACCCUUCCCCUUCCGCCGCUCCCAAUCUAUCCACCGCCCACACCCAGCCAUGACGGACUUCAUCCGCCGCAACAACCACGGCUCCGCCGCCGUCGGCGACUUCGUGUACAUCGACGGCGGGCUAUACAGCUCGCGCGACUCAGACGGCGCGAUCAGCGACCCGGUGCAAAACACGCACACGCUCGCCAUCGACAUGCGCGCGUCCUGGACCAACGCCACCGUCAACAUCAGCCGCAUCGACAAAGGCAGCUCGCCCGUGUUUUUCCAGCCCAAAUUCUGGGCGGACGAAAGCGCUAACGCCUUUUAUUCUUGGUCUGGCAGCACGCCCAACGGCUACGCCGUCUCGCAGAAGAGCCUCUGGAAAUUCAGCGGCGAUGGCGAGGGCGGCGGCGCGUGGGCGCGCCAGACGGUCAAGGACGACGACUCCGUGUUCAAGCAGCUCACGCGGCCUGUCGGCGGGUACAGCGCCGUGGCGGACCAGACGGGGUUUUUCGUGGGGGGCGUGGCGACGAAGAGCUCGGAUGACCUGAACGUCGAGGGCGAGGACGCGGUGCCCGUCCCGGGCGUCGUGUCGUACAACUUCUCCUCCGGCGAGUGGGCCAACAAGUCUUCUGACGGCUGGACGCCCUACGGCACCGGCAUGUGGGGGCAAGCGGCCGCGGUGCCGUUCGGGUACCAGGACGAUGGAAGCGGAGGCUUGCUCGUGCUGUUGGGCGGGGAGAGCGGCACCAGGACGUCCAUCUCAAACGCGGAGGGCUACCUCGAUUUCAGCAGCGUGUCGAUCUAUGAUGUCGCGACCGGGGCGUGGCACUCGCAGGUGACGACGGGCGAGGCGCCGAGCGUGCGCGACGAGUUCUGCAUGGCGGGCACGCAGGGAAAAGACUCGUAUGAGCUCUUCGUCUUUGGGGGCUGGACGGUUGCGACAGGCAAGACGCACAGCGAUUCGUUCAUCCUGUCGUUGCCGGCUUUCCGUUGGUUUAAGGGCCCGACCGAUACUGCGCCCCGGGUAGGCUUGACCUGCCAUACCGUCGGCAGUGGCAGACAAGUCCUCGUCAUUGGGGGCCAAAACGACAAUCUCAACUCCACUGCUCGAUGGCAGGACCCGGAUCCGUGGACGCAGGGCUUGGGCAUCUUUGACAUGACGGCCUUGGAAUGGAGUGAUGGUUACGAUGCCGAUGCGGCGGAUUACGAGUCCCCGCAGGUCGUGAAGGACUGGUACGCUGACGAAGAGAACGCCGAGCCCGAUUGGUCGUCAGAUACCGUCAAAACACUUUUUUCGAGGACAAGUGCAAGUGCCUCUGUAUCGUCUACGGUCUCCGCAUCCCCAUCCACAAGUACAUCCGCGUCAUCGAAGUCUCAUGCGGGAGCCAUUGCAGGAGGAGUAGUUGGUGCCGUAGCUGCUCUCGUUCUUAUCGGCUUCUUGCUAUUCUGGUGCCGGCACCGAAGGCGAUCCGCAAAGUUUCCGGUUAUGGAAGAUCACGCUCCUGUCCAAGAGUUAACUCCUGAAUCGAGAGCAGAGCUCCAAGUACCAACGGCAGAGCUCCAGGGCCAGAAUCGAUUUAUAGCAGAGCUCCACGGACAGAACAUGAAAGCGGAAAUGCCUGCAGAAGAUCGCGAGAGAAAAGAGUUGCCGGGUGGACAUGAGAUCAUCGCAGAGCUUCCCGGCAGUAUAACCCCAAGGUAACAUCUGGGUGCCAAGAUAGUUGCGUUUGUACGGUUUUGGUUUUGUGUAAGGAAGAUUCCUUUCGAGAUGCGCUUUCAUAUUUACGAUGUAGUUCGAUACCCUUUUAGCGUUAACUGGUUAUAAAGUUUCUUCUCAAGGUGGUCAAGGUGUGUGCAAGCGGCACACAAAAUCGAUGUCCCUUGAACGGUCUGUAGUAUGUUAACAUCCUGUAUGUACGUAGUUAGCAUCGUCAUUUCAGUGGCUUACGAACGCUGUAACCAAUGACAUUUACUCAUCAAAUAGGAAAGGAAA